AUGACAGCAACCACCAUGGGCUCCGAGGAGGCCCAGUCCCACAGUAUGAACUUCAGCGUCCUAGGCUCAUCUGCGCCUGUUCUGGCGCCUCGAGUGGGCAAAUUGGCGCUCGCCAGCCGCAAGACACUCUCGACGCCGCAUUAUGUCCCUCUCACGUCGCGGGGCACAGUCCCUCACAUUGCGCACGACAUGGUUCGCAAGGCAACGGCUAUUAACAGUCUGUAUAUUGGCCUAGAGGAUUUCAUCACGAGAAAAGCUCCUGCACCGGUAUACAAAAUCCCCGUUACCGACGAAGAAUCACGUUUAAGAAAGUUCAUCGCCGCCGCUCCUGAUGUUCCUUUGAUUAUGGCGCCGCGCCGAUUCCCUGCAAUUCCUUGCCCGCCCAACAAUACCGAUACCUCGAUUGCGAUUUUGACAUCCGUUGGAUUCAGACAACUUGAAGCGCAACAAUAUCUAGAUUCCAUUCGGAUGUUAAAACCAGAUAUCGCCAUCGGGUUUGCAGAUCUUGUGUACGGAAAAACCCCGGGCGUGAAGAGACGGGGAAAGAUGGUGGACCGCACGCAUGCAUAUACCCAAGACGCUCUACAAAAGCUGUAUGGAGCCUCCGUCGCAGAGGAAGAAAGAUCAAAGGCCGCAUACUUCGCGCCUGUGCUGCCUCUGGAGAAUACGCAACAGUCACUGUACUUGGAAGAUCUGGAAUACGAGUUCCACGAUCGACUUUCCGGCCUGGCGCUUUACGAGUCUGCCUCACUGGGCUUCAUCCCCGAAGCCUUGGGUGACCUCCCUCGCUUGGUUCUCAGUGAGCCUUCUAGUCCUCACGAUCUCCUCCGUGACAUCUCUCUCGGUGGUGAUCUUUUAACACUCCCCUUCGUCGGCGAAUGCUCUGAUGCAGGAAUCGCUCUGGAGUUUUCCUUCCCUGCUCCUUCUGGCGCCCAUUAUCAACGUGAACCUAGGGCGCUUGGCAUAGAUCUGUGGGGAUCAGAACAUGCAAAGGAUGUUUCCACCCUGAGCGAGGGUUGCGAAUGUUACACCUGCCGAAAUCACCACCGAGCAUAUAUCAACCAUCUCCUCAAUGCAAAGGAGAUGACGGCGUGGGCUCUUCUCCAAAUGCAUAACUAUCAUGUAAUGGAUCUCUUCUUCGCUGACGUGCGAGGAAGUAUUCAGCGCGGUACUUUCGACGAGGAUGUCCAGUUGUUCAAUCGGGCAUAUGUGUCGACCCUGCCGGAACGUACGGGCGAGGGCCCUAGACUACGUGGCUACCAACUUUCAUCCGGCCCCAAUAAGCGUGCGCCUAAGGUUUAUGGUCGCCUUGAUGAUGUUUCACAGAAAUUCGCCAAAUCGCAGUCUUCUGUUGCGACUCCAGAUACUGACGCAAGUGGGCUCGAGCAUCAUGGGUUCGCCAAGAAAGUACGAUAG